UCCGUUUCUCUCACAUCAUGAUUUCCUUUCAGCUGUGGAGUACUUCUGCGGGAACACGCCAGCAGAUGUUGUUUUCCUUAUUGACUCGUCCAACAGUAUUUGGGGCCCAGACUUCCUCAGACAAGUCAACUUCAUCAAUGAUGUCGUCGAUAUGUUUCAAAUUGGUGAGAACAGAACAAGGAUCGGUCUUGCUACCUAUAGUUCAGAUGUUCACACGGAAUUUCACCUAAACGAAAACUUUGACCGUCCCUCCCUGCACCAGUCUCUCUCCCGAGUCCGUCAGAGGAGGGGAUUCGUCACAAAUACCAAACUGGCUAUCUGGACUAUGCGCAGGAAGAUGUUUAGUGAACGAAGAGGCGCUAGACCCGGAGUAGUGAAGGUGGCCGUAGUUUUGACAGAUGGCCAGUCCAAUAGUGUGGUUCGGACUGUCUGGGAGGCAAUGAAAGCUCGCCGCGAGGGAAUCCAUAUGUUCGCCAUUGGAAUCGGUUCUUUCAUCAACCGACGUGAACUGCGAGGGAUCGCAAGCAAACCUACCCACGAUUACAUGUUUCAAGUCAGCAACUUCCAGGCGCUCGAGUCCAUCAAAAACAUUCUGGCUAUCAAGACGUGUGUCGGUAUGUACACUAUACGAUCAUUAAAUAGCUAACUUAGAUAUGUAUUGAUGUUUACGUGUAGAUAUAUGUGAUACCCGGUAAUAUUUAUCCAAUACCAAUGUGGUAAAUACCUCCACAUACCCAAACAAUCUUCACCUGGUACUGACAUCUCGUAACAUAU